AUUCAUAUAAAUGCGUCGAUUAUUUUCGUCCAAACAACAUUCAAUCAUGUUCCUUCACGUGUUACUGAUCGUAGGUUUGGCCUGCCUUGCUCAGGUUCAAGCUGAGCAACAGAUUCCAAUUUCGGACCAUCGUAUUGUUGGUGGGGUUGCUGUUAAUAUUACCGACUACCCUUAUCAAGUUUCCUUGCAGUACCGCAGGAAUCACAUGUGUGGAGGCUCUAUUGUUGGACCAACAUGGGUGAUCACCGCUGCUCACUGCACCGACAGAAUCCUGCCCAACAUGCUUGGCGUCCGUGUGGGCUCCUCCAACAGCAAAUCCGGAGGCCAAACCAUAAAAGUAAAGAAAAUCCACCAACACCCAAACUACAGACGUGACAUAAUCGACUAUGACAUAUCAAUUUUGGAGCUGGCCUCAGAAAUAUCCCAUCCCAACGCCAAACCGAUACCACUUGCUGAUGGAAGCCUAAAAAUUGACUCGGGCUUGCCUGCCACCAUCACAGGUUGGGGCACCACGUCCGAGGGUGGCUCCACCUCGCCUUACUUGCAGAUGGUUCAAGUGCCCACCAUCACGCAGGAAAAGUGCAAGGAUAAGUACAAGGACUCCACCAUUACUGACAGAAUGUUUUGUGCCGGCUACGACGAAGGUGGAAAAGACUCCUGCCAAGGGGAUUCUGGAGGACCCUUAAUAAUAAACGGGAAGCUGACUGGUGUCGUGUCUUGGGGCUACGGAUGUGCCAGGCCCAAUUAUCCAGGAGUGUAUUCCAGCAUUCCAGCAUUAAGGGAGCACAUUGAGAAAGUUAUGGGAAUAUAAUUGUUUUAAAACACAUUAAAUUAUUUUUAACAUAAAUGAGCAUUUAUUUUAUUCCA